GAAACACCAUAUUGCUUGGGGUGCUGGUGUGUGCAUGUGUUGUAAAUGUGUGUACCUGACAUUUAAACGGAAGAAGCUUUUUCCGGCGCAAAGUUUUUAAGUGCGUCGUGUGUUAACUAAAAUUGUGCCACAUAUUUUUAUUUAAACAAUAAUCUCAAACCCGAUUCAGUUUCUUCUAUUUCGCCUUUCGUUGUGAGCAUAAUGGGUGACGAUCACGACGACCCAUCUACACUUGGCAAAUCUGAAACUGUGAUGGAAACCGAAAACAUCGAAUCGGUAUCACUGUCCGUGUCGGUGGUUUCUGAUGACAGCAAAAAUGAAGAACUCAUUAAAAAGAAAAGAAAGAGUAGAAAAAAGUCUGAUGGUUAUACAUCAAGAAAAAGAUCAAGAUCUACAAAACCCACCUCUUCAGAUGAAUAUGAAGUGGAGAUGAUCAUUGAUCACAAAACCGAUGAAGAGGGCCGUGAGUUUUAUCUUGUUCAUUGGAAAGGUUGGAGUGAUGAUGAUGAUUCUUGGGUACCCAUUGAAGACUGUGACUGUCCUGCACUAAUUGCUGAAUUUUAUCAGCGUAAUCCUGACAAAGACCCGAAUGGUUUGGAAAUCCGACAAAAGAAGGCAACUGAAUCUGCAGAACUUCAAAAAUACAUUGAAGGAAUUCUUAAGCCAACAAAUGAGGAUAUUGAUCUAGCCAUACAACUAGUUUGUAGUUCAUCUGAUAGACACAAAUUUAAUGGAUUUAAAAUCCAUUUGUCCAAUGAAGAAAUCAACAAGUAUGCAUUCAUGGUGUACAGAAAGAAACAGAAACUAUUACAGAUGGAAAAAAAUUUGAUGAUGCAGUUACUUACUAGAGAUUUUCGCCAAAGACGAGUUGAUCAGCUCCAGCGAUUGAAAGAAUGGGAAACUGAAAUCAAUGAAACUACUCAGGGAAAACCGCCAGUCAAAAUCGAAAACAAUGUCGACUUAGAUGAACCCCCAGUUGGUUUCACCUAUGUUACUCAAUGCAAGGCCGGAGAUGGAGUAGUUAUUCCGGACGACCCUGUAAUUGGAUGUGAAUGUCUCGAUUGCAUCGACGGCCGCAAGACAUGUUGUGGUCCGAUGUCGGGUACACAGUCAGCAUACACAAAAGCAGGGCGCCUCAAGGUUCCUGUUGGUACCCCAAUUUACGAAUGUAACAGUCGGUGUCGUUGUGGACCGGAAUGUCCAAACCGAGUAGUCCAGAGAGGUUCAAAGUUGAAACUCUGCAUUUUUCGCACAAGCAAUGGUUGUGGUUGGGGUGUCAAAACACUUGAAACGAUUCGUAAAAACAGCUUUGUUAUUGAAUAUGUUGGGGAAGUCAUUACCAACGAAGAAGCUGAAAAACGUGGAGUGCAGUAUGAUUCAGAAGGAAGAACUUAUCUUUUCGAUUUGGAUUUCAAUGAUAUUGAUUGUGUUUACUCCGUCGAUGCUGCUCACCAGGGAAAUGUUGCACACUUUAUCAAUCAUUCGUGUGAUCCUAAUUUAGCCGUCUUUGCCGUGUGGGCAAAUUGCAUGGAUCCCAAUAUGCCACGCCUUGCGCUCUUUGCCCAAAGAGACAUUCAUGUCGGAGAGGAGCUUACCUUCGAUUAUGCUUCAUCUAAAACCGAAAACCCGGAGGCAAAAACUUCAGUGUCAUCAGGCAAAGAAGUUAGUGUAAAAAAUGAAUGCCGUUGCGGAGCUACUAAUUGCCGAAAGAUAAUGUUUUCACUGCCAGAAAACCAAGUAAUAGCCCCGUUUCUUAAGGCAGAAUAAACAGCCAUCUUAUAUGUAGCAUGCAAGCUGUAACUUCGGGUUCCCAAAAUUUGUGCCUCAGCAGAAUUUCGUAUUGGGAACUAAUGACCUAUAUUCUUUUAUCUCAACUAACAAUUUCUUAUCAAGUUUUUCGUGCUACAUCCCAUUAGAUCCCAUUUUUUGUUUUUUUUUCUGCAUCAUUCCCUAUUACAAAAUACUCUGGUAGAACUUGUUUGUGAUGUCAUGGGCCUCUUGCUUGCAACACUAUUUGUUUUGUAGGGGUUGAGAUAACUAGUAUUAACUGUGUCUGCCGACUUCAAUUAAAGAUCAGUACUUGUGGUAAAGAAAGAAAAAUAUUAGCAAGGAGGCUGGACCUGCCCGGUACUUAGAAAAUUUUCGUCCCCACUUGCCCUCCCAUUUUGUUUGAAAUAUUAACUGCAACCCUUUAAAGAUUUCAAUUUAAAAUAGGAGGGAGGGGAGAAGAAAUUACAAGGGCACAUUUGUAGGCGCCGAAAGUUUUAUUGUUGCACGGCAUUUGUAUAGUAGUAUAUGAUAGCAAAGAUUUACUUAUGCUACCAAAAUUGUCUGCAUCCUUUUGAUGGCAUUGUAUUUACAAGCUCAUGACAAACAUCCGCAGGUGGUUUACCACAGAUUGUCCCAUAAAUUUUAGUUUGUGUGAUAAUACACUUCAAAGCUGAUGAAUACCAA